CAUGGUUUUGAUACAAUCUUGUAUUGGAAAUAUCUUUUUGGCAGAUGUGGAAAUCAUGGAGAACAAAGUUAAAAAGUGUUUCAAUAAGUUUUCUUGAUUCUUACAAGUUUAUUAAAGAAGGAUAUACAGAUAAUUCUUGGAACUUGCCUAAGAGGUUUACACAUUCCAGCAUGGAUCAUUCACUUCUACCCCCUUCUAAUGUAAGAGGGACUUGUAAAAUGAAGACAGCUGGUAUAAUCGUUAUCGGUGAUGAGAUAUUGAAGGGUCAAGUAGCAGAUCAAAAUAUAGCUUUCCUUGCUCCAAGGCUUCAUAAUCUUGGUAUUAAGUUGCGAAAAGUUUCUAUCAUAUCUGAUUCAGUUGAAGAAAUAGCUAAGGAAGUAGCAGAAUUUUCUUCCAAAUAUGAUACUGUUAUCACAACAGGAGGUGUUGGUCCAACACAUGAUGAUGUAACUUACGAAGGUGUAGCAGCAGCUUUUGGAGAAAAUGUUGUUGUGAGUCAAGAUAUAGUAAAGUUUUGGUCCUAUUUCACUCAAGAUCCAGAAGGAAAGAAUGCUUCCACUAUAAGAUUAACAUCAAUACCUAAAUCAGCUGUGGUAUUAUAUCCAGAUGUACCUAAAACGUCUGUUACAAAAGGGCAGUUUCCAGUUGUUACUAUGAAAAACGUUAUUAUAUUUCCAGGAGUGCCGAAAUUUUUAAAAAUAAUAUUCAGUGCACUUGAAGGAACUUAUUUUUCUAGUCAUGGUGUAGUUUUCUUCAAUAAAACCAUUUAUUUGAAUGCUUCAGAGCAGCAAAUCACAGAUGUUCUAAAUGAUGCUGUACAAAAGUAUAGUCCAGGAGUGCAAUUUGGCUCAUACCCCAAGUAUGAUAAUGACUAUUAUAGAGUUUUAAUCACAUUAGAAUCUGAAAGCAUGGUUGAUGUGAACAAAGCUCAUGAUUAUUUGGUUUCACAAUUGGAUGAAAAGUGGCUAGCCAAAGAUGGGGAUCUUCUGGGAAAUGCUUAUAAAAAUACAAUAAACUUCAUUAAUUCAAAGAAAUUAAAUGGUUUUGGACCUAUACUGGAAAAAUCAAUUCAGACUAUAGAGAAAUGUUUUGAAGAAUUCAACCAUAAUGAAGUUUUCAUAUCAUUUAAUGGUGGUAAAGACUGUACCGCUCUUCUUCAUUUAGUUCACACUGUGAUGAUAAAGAAAUAUGGGCAAAAAGCAUACCCAUCUUUGACUGGAGUAUAUUUCAAGCCCCAAUAUGCUUUCAAAGAAAUAGAAGACUUUAUUCAUCUAAGUGCCUGCAGGUACAACAUUAAUUUGAUUACUAGAGAUGGCCCUAUUAGGCAAAGUCUCAAAGAAUUAGUAAAAGAGGAAGGAAGAGGUUGGAAAGCAUGUUUAAUGGGUGUUAGGCGAAAUGACCCUAACUGCAAAAACUUAAAUUAUAUGCAGGAAACUGAUGAAGGCUGGCCCCAUCUUGUGAGAGUAUCUCCAAUUCUUGAUUGGACAUUUCAAGAUGUUUGGACUUACUUAAAAGAGUUGCAUGUCCCUUAUUGUCCACUUUAUGAUAGGGGGUACACAUCACUUGGUAAUGCACGGAAUACUAAGCCAAAUCCUGCUCUUGAAUAUGUAGAUGAAGAUGGACGAAUCUGCUACAAACCAGCUUACAUGCUUAGAGAAGAAGAAAUGGAACGGCGGGGUCGCAUGCAAGAACAAGAAGUUACUCCUCUCUGACAAACCUCUGGAAGAAUUCAGAAGAAAAGUAGAAGAAAUUAGUAAUCUGUUAAGCACAAUGAUUGCUCCAUCUGGGCGCUGUAUAGCAAUUAAUAAUUCAGGAAGCAUUAUAAUCACUAAAUCUGGUAUUGAAAUCAUUGAUCUCUUCAAACAAAAGGGUUGCCCAGAAAGAGAUUUUGUCAUUGGUUGCAUGGAAAACCUUUAUAGAGACUUCGGUGAUGGAAGUAAAACAUUUAUUGUACUAUUAGAAGCACUGUUAUUUCAUUCUGAACAUUAUUCUAGAGAUUAUCUUAUCAAGCACUUUUCAAUUUUUCUUAAUAUAUAUAAUAGUAUUCCCAAAAUUGAAAAUACUAGCAUUGA